UUUUCUGUCGAUGGCAGUGCUCCUCGGUUUAUGAGGAAGAACACCUUGUACGACAGCGAUCCAUCGAAAAAAACUGUAUGUGGAUGCAGGGAGCUAAGUUUUUUUUUUUUUUUUCAGAAAAAAAAAGGGUCUUCAGGAAGAAGCCUUGGUGGACAGUCUGGGGUAUGCCUUGCAUCUCUCUGGUUCCUGUCUGCAGCCAUCUUUUAAAGGGACAGUCACCCUCACAGCCAGUUGUGGCAGCAAAGCAGACAGAGCACACAGCUCUUCCAGUUCAGCCAUGUCCCAGCCCGAGGACCCUCCUGGCCCUUCCAGACAGUCUUCUGGGGACCCAACCAGGGGCUCCGAAUGCCGGGCACGGGCAUGGUUUGGGCCAGAGCUUAAGACCCUUCUUGAGCUCUGGUCGGAGAAGGAGGCCUUCUAAGCCCUGCACACAAGGCGGUGAAAUGUGGAUAUUUUUGGCUGCAUGGCAGAGGCCCUGGCCAAGAGAGGGCACAAUCCCUGCACCCAGGACCAGGUGCGCUCUAAAGUCAAAUAGCUGCUCCAGGGCUAUGUUAGGGCCAGGGAGGAGAGCUCCUGUUCUGGGGCAGGCCCCUCCCCCCCCACUACUGCCCUUAUUAUUCUGAGUGGCCCAGAUCCUUGGUGGUGGGGAAGGACGCACACCAUUGUGUCUCGUCCAGUCUGGCUUGGGGGACCCUGUGGUGGAUGCUCCAGAGCAGGACCUAGAGCAGUCCAGGGUGUCUGGAGACAGGGAGAUGGUGCUGGAGGAGGAGGAGAGCGAGAAGACUGUGAUCCUCAUUCUGGAGCCAGUCACCCAGACCCCAGAUGCCUCCCAGGUGUCAUCUGAUGCCGGAGGCAAAGCACCAGAUGGACCAGCCAUGCAAGAGGGCCGCAGCACCCCAGCCCCACCUCCAACCCAGGGACAUGGGAGCCGCAGACACAGGCGUGUCUAUGCAGACAUCCUGAGGCAGCAUGUGGUGGCCCUGCAGGAUCUCAACACCAAUCUGCGAGAGAGGAUGGAGGUAGAGGCAUGGUGGCAUGAUAGGCUGAUGGAGGAGCUUGUCCAGCAGCUCACGUCCCUGUGUGCCACUCUCAGGGAGGUCUGUGGCUUGCCUGCUCCUGUGCUUGGCCCUGCUCCUCCAGCACACCAUGACCCUGCCCCACCAAACCCCCCUUCCACAGCACCAUCGCCUUCCCCCCUUGUAUCUCCCUUUCCCCUGAAGCCUGAGCAUGUGGAUGUCAGUAACCUUCCUAUUAAUGAAUUGGACUGCUCAACGGGGCGGUGCACAGAUUGGAAUGUGUGUCCCAUCGAGUGCUCCUCCACAAUUCGGGAAGCCAAUGGCAGCAAAGCUGGCUAUGACGCUAUCCAGGUCUGCUAG